AUGGUCAAAAUUGUUAGGGAGGUAGAGCGAAAGAUCGACCCAAUGGAGGUCGGGGGUUCACCCGGGUACUUGACUCUCCCCGUGUAUCGCUUGUCCGGGAUCAAUUAUCCCUUCACGCCACCCGCCCGAAGGACAACGACAAGUUCAUUGUGAUGCGGUUUCGAGUUCGAAGACCGGGUUCAUGUGGUUCCAGAAUGUCCGCUUUACGAAAAGGGAGUUCGCCCCCCCCCCCAUUCUAGACUUAAGUGGGUUGGCGCUGUUGGCAAAGCGCUGUAAAACACGCCACCCCAAUUAUAGCCCCAAAGUAUGUUCUACGAAAGACGCGUGACGCAUGGAUGCGUGGAGUGAGGAUAGCUUACGUAAACCUCACAGGUUGAGUGAUGUAGGAGAUUACCGGACACAUAGACGUGUUGAGAGAUUACAGCUGUAUACUCAAACCCGCAAGGGUUGAGUGAGGUUUAAGGUUGCCAGACACAUGGACGGGUUGAGUGGGGAUAGCUGCAUACUGAAACCCCACGGCUUGAGUGACGUUGGAGUGCCGGACACAUAGACACGCUGCAUGGGGAUAGACACAUACUGAACCUCAAAGGUGAUUUGUAUUGGAGAUUGCCGGACACAUAGACGUGUUGAGUGAGGAUAGCUGCAUACUGAAACCUCACAGAUGGAUUGUUUGCCAGACACAUAGACGCGCUGAGUGGGGAUAGCUACAUACUGA